AGUCUUACCCUAGUUUAUCAACAGUCUCUGUCUUUCUGUGUAAAUCUAAGAAGAAAACAAACAAAAGUCAAAGUGAAGCUUUGCUUUGCUUUUUCUCCUCGUGAGCAGUGUUUAAUGGCGGGUUACAAAGCGGAUGAUGAUUACGAUUACCUCUUCAAGGUGGUUCUGAUCGGUGAUUCGGGCGUUGGAAAGUCCAAUCUGCUCUCUCGUUUCACCAGGAACGAGUUUAGCCUCGAGUCUAAGUCCACGAUCGGCGUCGAGUUCGCCACUCGUAGCUUGAAUGUUAAGGACAAAGUCAUCAAAGCCCAGAUUUGGGACACUGCUGGUCAAGAAAGGUACCGUGCGAUCACUAGUGCAUACUACCGAGGAGCCGUUGGGGCGCUUCUUGUCUACGACGUUACACGACACUCCACAUUCGAAAACGUGGAGAGAUGGCUUAGGGAACUCCGUGACCAUACCGACCCAAACAUAGUCGUCAUGCUUUUGGGAAACAAAUCCGAUCUUCGUCAUCUUAUAGCGGUUCAAACCGAGGAUGCGAAAUCUUUUGCGGAGAAUGAAUCACUCUACUUCAUGGAGACUUCAGCGCUUGAGUCUACUAACGUCGAGAACGCGUUUACGGAAGUACUUACUCAGAUUCACCAAGUUGUGAGCAAGAAAGCAAUAGAAGCUGGGGAUGAUUCAAACUCGGGUAAUGCUUUUAAAGGAGAGAAGAUUGAUCUUGAUGUCUCUGCUGUGAAGAAAACCGGUUGCUGCUUGAACUAAAGACUCGUUAGUUCCUUGGUUGUUUGUGGGGUUUGGUCAGUGUCCUCUUUUUCUUACCUCUACUUUAUUUUUUUGUUUGAAGAUGUUUACUUUUCUUUAGGAAACAACUAUGUUAUAUGCUUUUGAUGUGCUUUUCUUGAAAAUUGCUUGGCUUUGGUCUGACUCUGUAUCGAUUGAGGGAUUUAGUAAUUUAACCCGUUGUGGUCUGAUUAUUUUAACAAA